AUGCAGGAAACCCUAGUGACACCAACACUGUCAGUCCUCAGCCGAUCCUCAACCACCAUGCAGGACAGGUCCUCCACCGCAGGCCAAGCUUCAAGCACAGGUCCCCAGCCCUCAAGACCCUCAGUCAUCCCACCCCCCAGCAAGUCCAAGGGCUGGAAAUCCGGAGCCAAUGUACGUCAGAUGCGCAGGAUCAUAGCUGAGGACCCUGAGUGGUCACUGGCCAUCGUGCCCCUCCUCACAGAGCUCUGCAUUCAGCACAUUGUUGAGAACUUCCAGAACAACCCUAUCCUGAAGCAGCUGCUUCCAGAGCACCAGCAGAAGGUCCUGAACCACUUGUCCCCCGACCUGCCGCUGACCGUGACCGCCAACCUGAUCGACGACGAGAACUACUGGCGCCGUUGCUGCAUGCAGCGCUGGCCCGUGUGCCACGUGGCCAGGCACGGAGGCAGCUGGAAGCGCCUGUUCUUCGAGCGGCACCUGGAAAACCUGAUAAAGCACUUCAUCCCGAGCACCACAGACCCCGCGGUGAUCCUCGACCUGCUGCCAUUCUGCAGGAACUACGUGCGCAGGCUCCGCGUGGAUCAGUUCCUUCCGCCCGUGCAGCUCCCGCUCCAGCCGUGGAACGGGGAGCUGUCCGACUCGGGCAGCGAGGCCGAGAUGGAGCAGCCCACCGGGGACCACUACCAACUGCGGGACCUGGUAGCUGGCCUGAGCCACCUGGAGGAGCUGGACCUGGUGUAUGGGGUCAAGGACUGCGGCAUGAACUUCGAGUGGAACCUCUUCCUCUUCACCUAUCAGGACUGCCACUCCCUGGCGACCACCAUCAAGGCAUGCCACACCCUCAAGACCUUCAGACUGACCCGAAGCAAGGUGGACGAUGACAAGGCACGCAUACUAAUUCGCAGCCUCCUGGAUCACCCAGCCCUUGAGGAGCUGGACCUGUCACACAACCUCAUCGGGGACCGCGGCGCACGUGCCGCGGCCAAGCUGCUAAGCCACAGCCACCUCCGUGUGCUCACCCUGGCCAACAACCAGGUGCGUGCGCCUGGUGCCCAGUCACUGGCUCACGCCCUAGCACACAACACCAACCUCAUUUCCCUCAACCUGCGCCUCAACUGCAUUGAAGAUGAGGGUGGCCAGGCACUUGCCCAUGCCUUACAGACCAACAAGUGCCUCACAACCCUGCACCUCGGGGGCAAUGAACUCUCUGAGCCCACCGCCACCCUCCUCUCCCAGGUGCUCACUGUCAACACUACGCUCACCAGCAUCAACCUGUCCUGCAAUCACAUCGGGCUGGACGGCGGGAAGCAGCUCCUGGAAGGCAUGUCAGACAACAAGACCCUCCUGGAGUUUGACUUGCGCCUGUCAGAUGUAGCCCAGGAGAGCGAGUACCUCAUUGGCCAGGCCCUCUGUGCCAACCGGGAAGCCGCCCGCCAGCGGGCCUUGAAUCCCAGCCACUUCAUAUCACCAAUCACUGCCAAGGGCCCUGAGAACCCUGUAGGAUAA